AUGUUGCUAUUUUUGUUUCCCCUUAUAUUUCUUGCAUCAGCUCAGUGCAACAUCUACCAGUGCAAACCUCAGAAAGUUGAAUUUGAGCCUGAUCAAUGUAUUUUCAAUUUUACAGCUACAACUUAUUAUUUAUCUCUUUGUCCAGAAGAUCAAUAUUGUCCUCCAAUUACAUCUCCUGGCAAUUCUUCAUGUGAAGCCAUUCCAAACACUCCUCAGCAAGCUUGGCCAGGAGAAACUUGCAAUGUAAACAUAACUUGCGCUUUUGGAACCUGCCAAAAUAAAUUUUGUCAAGGAAAAACAGUUGGGACAGCCUGCACACAAACAGGCGAAUGCAACCCUGGGCUUUAUUGUUCAACAACGACCAAUAAAUGUGCAACACAAAUCACUAUUGGUGGAAAUGGUUGCCAUAAUGAUUAUGAGUGUGUGAAUAACGCAGGAUGUAACAUAACUGGAGAUGGGACUGGACAAUGUGUAGGGUAUCUGUCAGUUGAAGUAGAUGAUGAGAUCGCACAGUGUGCGAACCAUUACAAUUUAUUAUGCGAAUCGACACUUUGUGGGACUAUUAAUGGAACAAAUGUUUGUGGAAGUUCGGUAGCCUCAGCAUCAAUAAUUCCAAUGAUGUGCACCUCAGACGGAGAUUGCUUUUCAGAAGGUGAUCCUGCUUUAGGCAUUGGCUAUGGAAGCUCCUGUCAGUGUUCAUAUGGAUUUCAAGGUAUAAAAUACUGUGGCCUUUUCCCUGGAGAUCCAAUUGCAUCGAAUUAUUUCGAACUUCUCAAAGCUUGGUAUUCAAAUGCUAAUGUCACACUUUGCAAUUCUCUGAGAAGGGACAACCCAGCUUGUGUGAAAUCACACUGGUCAACCAAGCAUGCUCUUGAAUACACCUAUUUCAGGCUAUGGUAUCAGAUGUAUUCACAAAUUCAGGACAAUGACGAAUGCGUAAUGCAGAUUUAUACAUCCAAUUUUUGGAAUUCUAAAGAUGAAUAUGACGAGUAUGGCAACCCAGACCCCGAUGCUGAAUACAACCUUUCAUUUUCAAGCUCACUUGUGAUCAGUGGAUUAUUAGUUCUAAUGUUUUAG